CUCGCACACGGAACACACAAAAGCGCACGGCCAAAGGCAAAAUUGCCUUUAAAGCCAAGGCAAUUCUGACAGAGCAAAAAGAAGAGAGGAGAAAGAAGGAAAGUGCAUGAUGGACGAGGCAAAGGUGCUGGCUGAGCUGGAGCGGCUGGGGCUGGACGAUGAGACGACGGCAUCGUACGUCGUGUCCAUGCUGGAAGUGGACGAAGAGCAAGACGAGAGUGAGGAGCAGGAAGCAGUGGAGGGCCUAAAGGAGUUCCUGGAGGACGCAGCCGAGGAUGAAGCGCUGGUGGACAGCGUGACUCAGGCCAUUGUGCAAAUGUGGAAGGAUGCCAAGCAACAGGCUUCCACUGUGCCCGCAACACUGGCAGACAAAGAGCCAGCCAAACCAACCCUGGCAGAGAUUGCCGCGCAGCACUCCGCCAAGUUGAAGGAAGAAGAGAAGCGCGUCAGGGAAGCAGAAGCACGCGCAGUCGUCUCGGACGAUGUUCGCAAGGCGGUACUCAAGGCAUGCGGGGACCUGGGCGAAGAUGAUGACGAGGAUGAGGAGGGGGAAGAUGGUGACAACAAGAGCGAAGGACACCCGCGAACGAGACCCGUCAGCGAAAAGAAGAUCCGCAAGCAGCGAAAGCAGGCCAACGCCAACGACCUCGCAGUCAACUUUGUCAACACAAACCGCAGUGCGGUGGCGGCAGUGGAGCAGCAGAAGCGAGAAGCGCACCAGGCAGAAUCAAAGGCCCGCACUGCGCGCAACAAGGCUGCUUUGGCGGCAGAUAAGCAGCGAAAAGAAAAGGCAAAGGAGGAGAGGAGGAAAAAGACACAGAAGCAAGAGCGCAGGCGUUGAUAGAUGGUGGUGACAUCAGCAGCAGCGCAACACACGACUGCACCAAUGUGCGGGGAGGGACGAGAGAGGGUGGAAAUGGUCGAGAAGUUGAAUUGUCUGUUUGUCUGUGAGCUCGCACUUUGUGCCCUUCCCAAUUUGUACUGAGAAAAGAAACUAUGUUGGGUGGUUCACAUGCUGUGCUGCUUGUCUGUUUGUUCCGAAGCAUGGUGUAUGUACCAUAAACGAAUUCAAGCCAG